UGGGAUCUUCGGUACCGCCAGAUCGGUACGAGUCUCACUGUCUACACAGCAGAUGGUCAGCUGCCUGUCAGCUGCCUGCCAUCUGCGUCGCCACUUUCGCAUCGUAAACCCGUAAAUAAAUGAUAGCCUGCCUCCUUCUUCCCUCACUAUUCCUCGCUUUGUCUUCGUGCAAUUGCGCGGUUGGGUUGUUGAGCCGCGGCACACUUGCUGCUAGUUACAGCUGGGUUUCGUGCUUUCAUCUUGUCAAAUCAGGGCCAGGUUUCACCAAUUUGUCGAUCCCCUUUCGUGCGUCGUACUUAGACUCUCUCGUCGGGGAAGCGUGCGUUUUAACAAGGAAAGUUCUCUAAGGCGAGGCUUGGAAGCGGUCCGCCAUGGCGCAAGAGGAGGAGAUGAGUGCGUUGUUUCCGGUGUUCGCGUUAUCGAUCGUCGCGUUACUGGCUAUACCGUGGACGCUGUAUCGGCUGAUUGGUUUCUUCUCCUCUAAGCAACAGACGCUGCACUGCCCCUGCUCGCUCUGCGACCGCGACCCCAAGAAUCGCCCCACCGUCUGGGCUCGCGUAUCCAAGUUCCUGUCGGUUCAGAACGUGACUCUCAUCCUCAUGUGGGUCGCCAUGGUCGCCCUCCUCUACUACAUCAAAGUGCUCAAUCGCGAUGCACAGCCCUUCGAGCCGUUUUCUAUUCUGGGGCUCAGCCCAGGAGCAUCGGAUGCAGACAUUAAGAAGGCCUACCGCAAGCUAUCCCUGCAGUACCACCCUGACAAGAACCCCGACCCAGCCGCCAACCAGUUCUUCGUGGACUACAUCUCCAAGGCGUACCAGGCGCUCACGGACGAGGUGGCGAAGGCCAACUGGGAGAAGUACGGCCACCCGGACGGGCAGCAGGCGAUGAACGUGGGGAUCGCGCUGCCCAAGUUCAUGCUGGACAUCCAAGGACCCAAGGGCGCGUAUCUCCUCCUGGGUCUAGUCGGAGUGGGCAUCCUGCUGCCGCUCAUCGUCGUUGUCAUCUACCUGUCGCGCUCGUCCAAGUACACGGGCAACAACGUCAUUCAAGACACUCUGAGGAACUUCUACCAACUCAUCAAGCCGUCUCUCGCUCCCAGCAAGGUGAUCGACGUGCUCACCAAAGCCAUGGAGUUCCUGGAGAUGAAGGUGCGCGGGUCGGACGUGGAGCCCAUGCAGCGCGUGUUCUCGCUCGUGCGCUCCGAGCUCAACCUGGACCCCAAGAACCUCAAGCAGGAGACCAAGAAGUUCUGGACGCGCUACCCCGCGCUGAUCAAGGUGGAGUUGCUGCUGCUGGCGCAGCUGACUCGGCAGGCGGACUCUGUGCCAGCAGAGCUGCGAAAGGACUUCAACACCAUUCUCAAGCUCACUCCCCGGCUCAUGGAAGAGCUUAUUAAGAUCUCUCUCUUCCCUCGUCCCCCCAUCGGGCACGCAUGGUUGCGCCCAGCAGUGGGGGCGGUCGAGCUGUCCCAGAGCUUCUACCAGGCGGUGCCGCUGUCGGCGCGCAAGCAGAUGGACAAGGGCGGGAGUGCGGAGGGCAACGCGGCGCUGCUGCAGCUGCCGCACAUCGAUGAGGGCGUGGUGAAGAAACUGAAUAGGAAGAAGCUCAAGACCCUCCACGAGCUCAGGGACUUGACGGAAGAGGCUCGUCUCGACCUCCUCACCACAGUGGGGGGCCUUAGUCCGCUUGAAGCAAGUGACGUGGAAGCAACUCUUUCCACGAUGCCCGAGAUAGACGUGGACGCGGCGUGCAUCACGCAGGGCUCGGACGACGGCAUCCAGGAGGGCGACGUGGUUACCCUCCGCAUCUGGCUCUCCAUGCGGCGCCACAACGGCCGCGUGGUCGCGCACCCCCACAUGCCGCACUUCCCCUACCGCAAGGACGAGGCCUUCUGGCUCUUCCUGGCGGACCAAGCCGGCAACGCCGUCUGGAUCUCCCAGCGGAUCACCUUUCUGGAUGAAACGGCCGCGAUUCGGGCUGCGGCGGAUUAUACGAGGGAGACGGCGGAGGCGGAGGGGUUUGACGAUGGGGAGGUGGCCCGGGAGGUCAAGGAGGCGGUUGCGCGGGUGAAGGGGGGAGGUCGGCUGGUGAUUGGCAAGUUCCAGGCACCGGCUGAGGGCGUUUAUGCCCUGACUGUGAUGGUGAUGAGUGACGUGUGGAUCGGAUGCGAUAAGAAGGUCCCUCUCAAGAUCAAGGUGGCCAAGAGAACAAGGGCCGGCACAAGGGGGGCAGUGGUGCCCUCGGAGGGGCUCGGGGAUAGUGACGAGGAGGGAGAGGAGAGGGAGGAGGGAGAAGGGGAGGAGGAGGAGGGGUAUGAUGAGGAUGAUGAUUACAUGAGUGAGUAUAGUGAGGACGAGGAGGAAGAGGGGGAGGGGGAGGGGAAGAAGGGAGGGGAGAGAGAGGGUGAGGAGGGUGGUGACAAAACGGAGGGUUCGGAUGGCAGUGAAGAGAAGGACGAAUCUGAGCCAUUGAUAAACGGCAAGAAGAAAUAACAUGGCGGUAGCAAAUCUAGCUCAAUCCGAACCCUCCGUUUUGCCACUGUUAAUGGCAGCAUCUCGCCUUCAAUCACUUGUACCCUUUAAAACUUCCUGUGGGCUUGUUCAGUACACCCCUGAUCCUGUGUAAACCAUUCAAAAUGCGUAUACUUAC